AUGAGGACGUCAACAAUAGCGGCCGUCUCGGCUGGCACUGUUAUUACAGGAUUGCUAGCCUACGCAAUCUACUUUGACUACAAAAGACAGUCUGAUCCUGAGUUCCGCCGUGCUUUGAAAAGAGAUAACCGUCGGAUGGCAAGGACGAUGCGGCAAGAGAAUGAAGCCCAAGGAGCUCAGCAGAUGGCAAAGAUCAGACAGGCCGUCGCUGAUGCAAAGGACGAGGGUUUCCCAGCUGACCUUGAGGAGAGAGAAGGCUUCUUCAUGAGCCAGGUUGCAAAGGGAGAGGCACUAUGCACAGACAGCUCCUCGUAUAUUGAAGCUGCCGUAGCCUUCUACAAGGCUCUCAAGGUCUAUCCUCAGCCCAAGGACCUCAUUGCCAUCUACGACAGAACUGUGCCAAAGGACGUCCUCGAAAUAUUAGCCGAGAUGGUCGCCAUGGAUCCCUCAUUGAAACUAGGCGCUUUCACAAGUGACAGCGGUGCCGAGAGCGCCCACAGCGUCGAGUAG